UCGUCGUUAACGGCGCCCUGCACGAUCGCGAUCGCGAUGCCGCCGCUGGCGAGGGCAUCACAGCGAAGCCGGUAUUCCAAGAAAAGGGCGCCGUCGGAGAGGGACUGGGCGGAGCUGCACCAGGACCUGAUCUCGUGCAUCCUCCACAGGCUGGACCAGGCCGAGCUCCUGAUCGGCGGCGUGGCAGGCGUGUGCCGUUCAUGGCGCCGCACCACCCGAGAGGAGCCGGAGCUGUGGCGCCGCAUCGACCUGCGCGGCGGCCUGUGGUUCGUCCCACCGUUUCGUCGCGAGUGGAGCCUCGAGACAAUGGUGUGGGAGGCCCUGUGGCUCGGCGCCGGCCAGUGCGAGGCCUUCCUGUGCGAGCGCGUCGACGACCACAUCCUCCUCAUCCUCGCCGAGCGGGUACCCUUGCUAAAGAGCCUUCAUCUCAUUAGCUCAUCUGUCUCCGAUCAAGGAUUUGAAGAGGCGAUCAAGAUGUUACCUCUGCUUGAGGAGCUCGAGAUUUCCCACUGUUCAAGGAUAGAUAGUAUGUGCUGAAAAUAUUAGCACUUUUCCGAUUAGACUUAUCCACGAGUAAACAGUAAG